AUGGAUGAAGAAGUUACCAAACACUUCAUAAAAAUCUCUCUUUCUCUCUCCCUUUUCCUUCUCCUGCUCCUUCUUCUUCUUCUGCUUCUGUUGAAGAUAGUGAUCAUGGUGGAGAAGAAGAUGAGUCUCUCAACCUCCAUGAACGCAAAAAUAAUUGGUUCAGGGAAAGAAUCUGUGGUUCUAGCUCAUGGAUACGGAGGAGAUCAAUCAGUUUGGGAGAAAAUCCUUCCAAACUUAGCUCAACGUUAUCGUGUUCUGGUUUUCGAUUGGAGCUUUUCAGGUGCCGUUAAUGAUCUGAACCUCUUCGAUCCUGAAAAGUAUUCUUCUUUCGAUGCCUUCGCUAACGACCUCAUUUCUCUCAUGGAUGAGAUGAACUUCACUUCCUCUGUUCUUAUUGGUCACUCCAUGUCUGGUAUGGUUGGAUGCAUUGCCUCCAUUAAAAGACCAGAUCUCUUCAAGAAGCUUAUUCUUCUCGUAGCUUCUCCCAGGUAUUUGAACACAGAAGACUAUGAAGGAGGAUUCGAGAAAUCAGACGUGGAGCAACUACUUUUAAACAUGGAAUCCAACUUCAAGGAAUGGGUGCCAAGCUUUGCUGGGCUUGUGGUGGAUGCAAGGGACAAUGUUUCUGUGGACAAGUUUGGAAAAAUGUUGGGAAGAAUGAAGCCAGAAGUGGCACUCUCAGUGGCCAAAACCAUUUUUUUCUGUGACCAGAGAGAUUUUCUUGAGAAAGUUGUUGUACCAUGCACCAUAAUUCAGACCAGCAAUGAUGUGGUCGUUCCUGUAUCUGUUGCACACUACAUGCAGAAGAAGAUCAAAGGGAAGACAACCUUGGAGAUCAUGGAAGCUGAUGGGCAUUUCCCUCAACUUACAGCCCAUCAGCUGUUCCUUGAUGUUCUUGAUAGGGUCUUUGGUUUUGAUUCUGAAGAUAAGAAUCUUUAAUGAACACAAUAGAGAGAGAGAGG